AUGAAAGAAGCAAUCGUCAAGAAAGAUACCUCCGUCGAGAUCAUCGACUCUCUAAUUCCUAAGCCAGGCCCAGGCGACGUGCUCAUCAAGGUGGUCAUCGCAGGUACCAACCCCAAGGAUUGGAAGAUCCCCGUUUGGCUCGGCGAAGAUGCCAACACCGGUGAUGACAUCGCCGGUAUCGUCGAGGCCGUCGGCGAAAAUGUCGUCGGCUUCCACAAAGGCGACCGUGUAGCCGCCUUCCAUGAGAUGAGGACUCCCAACGGUGCUUUUGCCGAGUACGCGACCGCGCCAUACUACACAACAUUCCAUAUCCCCGAUUCAGUCUCUUUCGAGGAGGCCGCUACCAUCCCCCUCGCCGCGUACACGUCUGUCUGCGCUCUGUUCCAAGAACUUGAGAUCCCAGAGCCUUGGUCGCCACUCGCCAAGACCGAGACGAAGCGUCCUCUUCUCAUUUACGGAGCCAGUACUGCUACUGGAGCUUAUGGCAUCAAGCUAGCCGCUGCUGCGAAUGUCCAUCCGAUUAUUGCGGUUGGAAGCCAGCGCAGUGCUUUCAUCAAGCCAUUCCUCGAUGAGAGCAAGGGAGACGCGCUUGUUGACUACACCGCUUACAAGAAUGAGGAAGAGCUAGUGAAGGCGAUUCAAGAAGCUUUCAAGAAAGGCGGCGCUCCAGAUGGUCGAUGCUGGAAGGCUUUCGACAGCGUCUCGGAAGACUCCACCGUGAGGACAGUCACCAAAGCCAUCGCAGGUCCCCCGGACUCGACUGGCCGCAAGCCAAAGGUGACCAACAUCUUGAUGAAGAAAGACGUCGAGGGUGCCGACCCCAGUGUAGAUAUCGUCGUCUCGAUGGUUGGCCAGGUACAUGAUAAGGAUGAGAACAACAAACUACUCGGUGUUGUUUGGGGUGCAGCGUUUGCUAGAGGUCUUCGGGAGGGUUGGUUCACAGCCCAUCCUUACGUCGUGGGUAAGAACGGCCUUGAGGGAUUGUCUGAUGGUCUGAAGGAUUUGAAGGAGGGAAGGAUUCGGGCGCAAAAGUUUUUAACUGUUAUUGGCGAGACACCAGGAGUCAGCGCUUGA